AAGCAGGUGCAGCUGCAAUCAAAUCUGUUGAAUUGGAUGAUGUUUUAGGAGGAAGUCCAGUACAACAUCGGGAAGUACAACAACAUGAAUCAAAGUUAUUUCUUUCAUAUUUCAAAUCUGGAGUCAGAUAUUUAGAAGGUGGAGUUGCUUCUGGUUUUCGACAUGUAACAGAUGAAGUAGAAAAAAGAUUAUUUCAAGUUAAAGGUCGUCGCAAUGUUAGGGUUCAUCAAGUGGAGCUAAGUAUUGAUUCCAUGAACAAAGGUGACUGUUUUAUUUUGGAUGUUGGUCGAGAUAUAUAUUUAUGGACUGGAGAAAAAAGUGGAAGAAUGGAGAGGAUUAAGGCAAUUCAAGCUGCAACUGGUAUUCGAGAUGAUGUUCAUGCUGGAAAGAGUAUAAUCCACAUACUAGAUGAGAGUUGUUCAGCUGAUGAAAAAGAGAAGUUCUUUGAAGAAUUGGGUGGUGGAAGUGAUGCAGAUGUUAAAGAUGCAGAGUCUGGAGGAGAUGAUGCAGAACAUGAAAGAACUUUAGAAACUGAAGUUAGUUUACACAGAAUAUCAGAUGAACCUAAAUUAACUGUUGAUAGAAUUGCAGAAAAACAAUUGAAACAAGAAUUCUUGGAAUCAGAUAAUUGUUUCCUUUUGGAUGGGGGUAUGAGUGGAAUAUUUGUUUGGGUUGGAAAAGGUGCUAGUCAUAAAGAAAGAGUAGAAUCUAUGAAACUUGCAGAGAAAUAUUUGGAUUAUCGUGGCUAUCCAAAAUGGGUUUCUGUAACACGUGUUAUUGCUGGAGCAGAACCACCAAAUUUUAAACAAUAUUUUGUCUCUUGGAAAGAACCUGAAGAAAAAAUUGGACUUGGAAGAGUAUAUACUCCUGAACAAAUUGCUGCAUCUGUAACUGAACCUGAUUUUAAUGUAUUGUCAUUGCAUCGAGAAAAACGUCUUUUACUUGCAAAGAAUUCGGGUAAAGCCUAUGGUUUUAUGCCAGAUGAUGGAUCUGGUAAUAUAGAAAUUUGGAGAAUUGAAAAUUUUGAACUUGCUCCUGUGGAUGAAUCUGCUAAAGGAAUGUUUUUUGGAGGUGAUAGUUAUGUAUUAAAAUAUACAUAUAAUAUAGAUGGUAGAGAAAGAUACAUAAUAUAUUUUUGGCAGGGUAAAAAUAGCAGUCAAGAUGAAAAAGCUUCUUCAGCAAUAUGGGCUGUAAAAUUGGACAAUGAUCUUUUUGGAAAAGCAAUACAAGUGAGAGUUGUACAAGGAGCAGAACCACAACAUUUCCUACGUAUUUUUAAAGGAAAAAUGAUUAUUUUUAUGGGAGGUCAUGCCAGUGGAUUUCGUAAUGUAAGAGAUCAUGAUACUUAUGAUCCAGAAGGCAGUAGAAUGUUUAGAAUUAAAGGAACUAAUGAUUAUGAUGUCAGAGCUGAACAGGUUCCAGAAGCAGCCAAUUCUUUAAAUUCUGGAGAUGUUUUUGUUGUAGAAACACCAUCAACUACAUAUAUUUGGAUUGGAAAGGAAUCUAGUGAAGAUGAAAGAAAUAUGGGAAGAAACAUAAUAAGUUUAAUAUCUCCUGACAGAGAGGCAGUAGAAAUUAUGGAAGAAGAAGAACCUGAUGAAUUUUGGGAAGGUAUUGGAGGGAAAACAGAAUAUGAAAAAUUUACUGGUUUGCCAGAAAAGCCUCUUUUGGAACCACGUCUGUUUCGAUGUUCCACAGAUACUGGCAAACUUAGAGUUGAAGAAAUAUGUAAUUUCACUCAGGAAGAUUUAGCUGAAGAUGAUGUUAUGGUUCUUGAUUCUGGUGAUGAAAUAUUUAUCUGGAUAGGAAAAGGUGCCAGUGAAGAUGAAAAAUCACAGUCAUUAAAAAUGGCAGAAGAUUAUAUUAAAACUGAUCCCACAGAACGUACUUUAGACAACACUGUUAUUAUAACAAUUAAACAAGGAGAAGAGCCAGCUACAUUCAUAGCAAUAUUUGAUGAAUGGAAUUCAAAUAUGUGGGACGAAAUGAAAUCAUAUGAUGAUUUAAAAAAGGAGAUUGCUGAGUAUGUUAUAGAAUGAUGUACAGUAUUUCCUGCAUGAGAUAAAUUCCCUUUAAUAUCCCAUUUAAAAAUAAAUUAAUAAUUUAUAUAAAUAUAGAUAAGUUUAUUAAGAGGAAUGUAUUAUUAUACUUAUAAAAAAAAUACAUUUUAAAUUAUGAAAUUCUGUCUUGUUACAGAAUAUGAGAAAUCAAGGUGCUUUAAUAUAGAAAAAUCAGAAAAACCUUCAAUCCUAUGCUGCCUUUUUAUGUCAAGAUAAUCUCUCUAUUUUAUAUAUUCAUUAAAACAAAAAACUGUACUUAAUUUUUUUAGAAUUAAAAUUUCUUAUGCCUUUUA